GGUUUACGAAGUUUUCAAUAUGUCUGCAGUAUUGAUCUGGCCAGGAACUUUUGAUUUAAGUGACGUUUUAAACAAGCCACAGAGUGACACAAUGAAAAACUAUGACAAUAAUGUAAUAAACUCAAGGGAUCCAAAUGUCUCUUUGAUGGACAGGAAGGCAGUUGGAACACCAGCUAGAGUGGGUUUCUCAAGGAGGCACUCUGUUACUUUGCCCAGCUCCAAGUACAAUCAGAAUCUGCUUCCUGGUCUUCAAGUUGAACUUUCCAUGAGUACGGGUAAUAAUGAAAGCAAAUUUCGAGACCGAUCAUUUUCUGACAGUGCACAGCGAUUACUUCCAAAACAUAAUGUGCAAGUGAACUCCAGCCGUUACAAGACAGAGCUGUGUCGUCCCUUUGAAGAGAAUGGAUCUUGCACAUAUGGUGACAAGUGUCAGUUUGCUCAUGGCAUCCGUGAGCUUAGAAGUUUGAUAAGGCACCACAAGUACAAGACUGAGCUGUGUCGCACCUUCCACACCAUUGGCUUUUGUCCUUAUGGACCAAGGUGCCACUUCAUACAUAAUGAGGAAGAACGUCGUUUUACGUUACAUGACCAAGCACCGUUGCCUGUACCUGCCACUAAAACAGAGAGACCUCGGCUCCAUCAUAGCUUUAGUUUUGCUGGUUUUCCCACUACUAGCGGGCUGCUGGUCAGUCCAACAUGUGCCACUACUCCAGUUUUUUCUGGCGGUGAAGAUUUGAUUUGGGCUAACAACUCUUUUACUAUAUCCAACCAAGAGCUGCCCAACCUGUUUGCCCAAACUUUGGAAAUGCAAGUGCCCCUAAGCAGUGGGAAAGGCCAUGAGCCCUCUACAUUAACCCUUCCACCCACGUCUGAAUCGCCAGAAGUUUUUGAACCUCCCGUCAGCCCACCAGACUCCCUAUCAGACCAAGAAGGCUACUUGAGCAGCUCCAGCAGUGGUUCAGGCUCCCCUACCCUUGAUACCACUAAACGUCUCCCAAUCUUUAGCAGACUGUCAAUAUUUGAUGACUAAGCCAGGAAAGUCUCCACUGUGCUGUGCCUCACCUCAGUGCAACGAAUUGAGGAUGAGUUGAUCUAAAUAAAACAAUAGAACAUA